UAACCAGUAAGGCUAAAACAUAAAAUCGGUUUAUGGGAGAGCAGGUCAACCAAUAAUGCCAUCAAAAAACUUCCUGUUUAUUAUUUUGUAUUGCACAAGUGACACAAAAUAACCAGCUUCAAAGAGCAUAUUUGUGUGUACUCAUUUAUAAAGUAGCGUAAAAUACAGGCAUGCCUAAAAAAUUUAAAGGGGAGAACUCAAAAGCUGCAGAGGCAAAAGAAAGGAAAUCUGCACAGAAAGCAGAUGAGGCAGCUAGGAAACAGGCAGCAGAAGAAGACGCCUUCUGGGCAGAUGAUGAUAAGCAUAUUGUCAAAAAACAACAAAGGAAGGAGGACAAAGAGAAAAAGAGACUCGAGCAGCUUGAAAAGAAAAAAGAACUUGCAAAGAUGGCAGAUGAGGAGCUGGAAAGUCUCAAGUCUGGGAAACCUAAACAAACAAAGCUAACAAGAGCUCAGAUAGAGGCUGAACAAGAACGACAGAGACAAGCUGCUGCUGCUGCUGCUAAAGAGAAGGAACGUGUGCACCAUGAAGUUCCCCUGGAAACAAACAUCAACAGGCUGGAGGAUGAUGCCGAGGCAGCCAGGACAGUGGAAGAUGCCAUCUCAGUACUCAGUGUCAAGGAGCCAGAUUUGGAGAAGCAUCCUGAGAAGAGGAUGAAAGCAGCCUUUAUAAAGUAUGAGGAGGACAAUUUACUGAGGUUAAAACAAGAGAAUCCCAAUAUGAGACUAUCUCAGUUGAAACAAAUUUUGAAAAAAGACUGGAUGAAAGCUCCUGAAAACCCUAUGAAUCAACUGACAGCUGCUUACAAUGAAAAACGUUAGCUGGCGUUGUUGUUUGAUGGUGUAGAGACGGAAUGAAAGUAUUUAUUUGAAAGAUUUGUUGCCAGGUUACAUAGUGGUUAUAAGUUCAGAACCAGCGUUUAUUUUUGUUAAAAAUAGUUCUGAAUGGAAGUCGCACAAAAAGAAUGGGUAAUAUAUCCUAAUAUAGUAGUUCAGCUUUAUGUUUUGGGUUGUCUUAAAAUAACUAAAAUAGUUUUAUUUCAAAUACAAUGUUUGUACACUAUUCUUUUAUACAAGUAUUAAUGUCUAAUAAGCAUAAAUCUAUUGCCAGUUACAGGUACAAUUAAGUUUGAAAAAUCAUUUAUUGUCCCCUACUGGUUUCACCAGAGGGGACUUAUGGUUUGUGCUCUGUGUGUCUGUCAGUCUGUCUGUCAGUCCGUCAGUCUGUCACACUUUUCUGGAUCCUGCAAUAACUUUAAAAGUUCUUCAUAGUUUUUCAUGAAACUUAAAAGAUGGAUAGAUGGCAAUAUGGACAUUAUGCACAUCAUUUCAUUUUGUUCCUAUGUUAAAAAUUCUGGUUGCUAUGGCAACAACAAAAUUCUGAUAAUGGUGUAGCCGGUAGGGGACAUAUAUUGCUUGGCAAUAGUCUUGUUAAUACAAAGUUUGGGCUGGUUAUACAGAUAAGUGUCAUCAAUUAGCUUUCAAU